CGGGCGGACGGAAGGUCGCGUACUGCUGGCUAGUCUGGGCUCGCCGCUUUCGGUGCCCAGGAGGGAAGUGAGCAGAAAGUAAAAGGCCGACGGAGGAGCCCCUAGAAUCUCUGAGGGCGGUCGGUCGCUAGCCUGGAGACUGAGCGGGAGAAAAUGCAGGUGCCGGAGGAGGCUGGCCGGGCGGUUUGCUCGCCGCCCGACCCCGAGGGCCUUCAGGUGCAAGGGGGCGGGGGCUGCAGGCGUCCGGCCGCGGAGCCGGGGCGGGCCGAGCCGCGGGGCAUUUAAACCCGGCAGUCUGCCAGCGAAGGACACGCGCCCCGCGCCGUCCCCAUCUUCGGCCACCCUCUCCGCUUCGGACACCGGCCGGCGCGAUGCGGUCUGCCUUGGCCCCGGGUGUCUGGUUCCUCCGCGCCUUCUCCAGGGACAGCUGGUUCCGAGGCUUCAUCCUGCUACUCACCUUCUUCAUUUAUACCUGUUAUCACAUGUCCAGAAAGCCCAUCAGUGUUGUCAAGAGCCGUCUGCACCAGAACUGCUCGGAGCUGAUCAAGCCCAUUAAUGACAGCCACAGUCUCAAUGACACUACGUGGUGCGACUGGGCUCCCUUUGACAAGAACAACUACAAGGAGUUACUGGGGGCCGUGGACAAUGCCUUCCUUGUGGCCUAUGCCAUCGGCAUGUUUAUCAGCGGGAUUUUUGGGGAGCGGCUCCCCCUCCGUUAUUACCUUUCAGCUGGAAUGCUGCUCAGUGGCCUCUUCACCUCGCUCUUUGGCCUAGGAUAUUUCUGGAACAUCCACGUGCUCUGGUACUUUGUGCUCAUCCAGAUCUGUAAUGGGCUUGUCCAGACCACAGGCUGGCCCUCUGUGGUGACCUGCGUUGGCAACUGGUUCGGGAAGGGGAAGCGGGGGCUUAUCAUGGGCAUCUGGAACUCACACACGUCUGUGGGCAACAUCCUGGGCUCCCUGAUCGCUGGCAUCUGGGUGAAUGAGCAGUGGGGCCUGUCGUUUGUGGUGCCUGGCAUCAUCACCGCUGCUAUGGGUGUCAUCACCUUCCUCUUCCUCAUCGAAUACCCCGAAGACGUGGACUGCACGCCUCCUCAGCACCACACGAGUGAUGGGUUGGAAGAGAACCAGCACAACCCUGAGGACCUUGGGAGUGGUCUGUACACUAACAAGGAGAGCAGCCUGGAGACCCCUGCCAGAUGCUCCAAGGAGCCAAGCGCUCAGCCUGCCGCCAUCAGCUUCCUCGGGGCGCUCCGGAUCCCGGGUGUGGUCGAGUUCUCUUUGUGUCUGCUCUUUGCCAAGCUGGUCAGUUACACCUUCCUCUACUGGCUGCCCCUCUACAUCUUCAAUGUGGCUCAUUUCAAUGCCAAACAGGCUGGGGACCUGUCUACCCUCUUUGAUGUUGGUGGCAUCAUAGGUGGCAUCAUGGCAGGGCUCAUCUCUGACUACACCAAUGGCAGGGCCACCACCUGCUGCAUCAUGCUGAUCUUGGCUGCCCCCAUGAUGUUCCUGUAUAACUUCAUUGGUCAGAGUGGGAUUAUCAACUCCAUAGUAAUGCUGAUCAUCUGUGGGGCCUUGGUCAACGGCCCUUACGCACUCAUCACCACUGCAGUCUCUGCUGACCUGGGAACUCACCAGAGCCUGAAAGGCAACGCAAAGGCACUCUCCACCGUCACGGCCAUCAUCGACGGCACUGGGUCCAUAGGUGCGGCUCUGGGGCCCCUCCUGGCUGGCCUUAUUUCACCCACAGGCUGGAACAAUGUCUUCUACAUGCUCAUCUCUGCCGACAUCCUGGCCUGCUUGCUCCUCUGCCGGUUGGUGUACAAAGAGAUCCUAGCCUGGAAGUCAUCCCUGGGCAGAGACAGAGGGUAUAAAGAAAUAUGAGGCCUUGAUUGGAAGAGAGGCACGGAGGGCCCCAGCUGAUUCCCAAAGAGCUCUCCCCCUCCCGCCACCGGGGGCAAGACUAUGGAAACUGCCAGCGAUGGCUGAUGGAAGCCUCUUGACCUAACACCAGCCAGCCCACAGGGCUGCUAAGAGGCUAGGCGAUUCUCCAUGGGAAGGGACCGCCAACAUGGGGAAUGGAAGACUCAAGGGCCUGUGCUCUGGAAGCCGCAAGCAGAAAGGAUGGGGAUCAGAGCUGAGCGGUGUCUCCAGCUUGCUAAGGGGAGGAUAUGCUCAGACUCCAGCUUGUUCAGAUUCCAAGACUGAAGGCAGAGGCCUGACAUGGACCAAGGCUUGGCAAAGGUGUGUUCUCCUUCCCGUGUUCAGUUUGAACCUCCGUGACCAGCCUGUACCUGUCGGUGGAUUUCCGACCCUGUUUCGGAGCUGCCCAGCCUCACCUGGCUUCUUCAUCCACCAGCCGGUUUUCUCGUGUAUUCCCCCACGUUGGAAACUCUUCUCCCUUGCAUUUGAUCCUGUCUCUAACUCCUGACCUGAGUCGAUUAAAGUGUUACUGCUAUA